GCCUUCCCUCCGGAAGUGACUAGAGUUGUGAGUGUGCAAGAUGGUGGCCACCAGGAGAGGAGUACGUGUGAGCUCCCCGGCUAAAACAACCCCGGAGCAGCGCUCUGAGGUCCAGGCCACUCCUUCCACUGCUCGGAGAACCAGGAGGGCUACUAAGCAAGCAGAGAGUCCCACCCAUCAUGCUCUUGUGGAGACCUGCAAACUGCUUGAGCAAAGUGAAGCACGAACUACAGAUUCUCCCUCAACCCUCUUAAAAAAACGAUGUAGCAGAGCUUCAAGACUCCACAGUCCGGAGCAGCCCUCCACCCCAGUAGGCUCCAACCAUGAUGCAGACAUGUCAGAGGUGGAGUCUUGCUGCUCUGUGGUCUCUAACAUUGAACCGCCAAUGACACGGACCAGGGGGAGGAGACAGCCCCACAAAGUAAACAAGGAAGAGGAGGAGAUAUCUGAGGCGGAGUCGUGCUCUUCUGCAGUGUCUGCAUCAAAACGUGGCCAAAGGAGCCGCCAGAGCACAAGAAAGAAGACCGAAGGUUCUGACACUGCUCCUGCCAAGGUGCGAGAUGUCAAAGCCAACCUGGUGCUGGAGACUGAGUCCUGCAGCUCUGUGGUGUCAAAUUCCCAGAGGGCCACAAGAAGUCAGAGAAAAUCUGCUCUCACCAGAUCAUCCACUAAAUGUCACACUGGGGAGUCUGAGCUCUCAGAUGCUGACAGCUGCAUUUCCAGUGUGUCAGGAGCUGAUGUUUCUAAAUCCACUACUCGCAGAGCUACGAGAUCCAGAAGAAAAGCAGAUCCUAUUCCUAUGCAUUUGGAUGAGCCAUCGGAAAGCUCUGUGUCUCCAGCUCCAACACGUCGACAGACCAGGGCAGCAAGAGGAAAGGCCGCAGCCCCUGCAGAUCUUAGUGAGCCCCCAUCUUGCGACUCUGAAGGGUUUGAGUCCGGGCCUACUUACAGUUUGACCAGUCGCAGAAGGGUGAGAACCAGGUCAACAAGUCUUAGAGCCAUGGAUUCAGACUCUGAUGCUAUGGAUGUGCAUUCCCAGGUGGGGAGUCCCAGCUCCACACGAGGCAGAGGGACUCCCUGCAGCAGCCGCACAGGCUCAGGGAACAGCGGCCGGGGUGGUUCAGCCUCCAGGCGCUCAGCCAAGGACUGUAGCAUUGUUGUAGAAGAUGCAGCAGAAUCAGCCAAUGAGGACAGUUCAUUAAAUGAUUCUAAGUUAGAAAGCACACUGAUCGCUGGGGAUGCAGAUGAAACACUCCUGGAGGCAGAAAAGAGCCAGACAUUAGAAGAACACGAGGGUAUGAAUAAUGCCAACCUCCCAUCCAAGAAGGCAGAUGGAGAAAAAAAGGAAAUUAAUUUUACCUCUGAAGAAGAUUCCCAUGUAUCUCCCUCAGAAUCUGUGAAUGAGCCUGCAGUGGUCAGCAAAAACCAGCAGGAGGAGCCGUCUGCUGAAAAUAAAGACGGGGACGCUUCAGAGAUGGAAAUGAUGCAGGAAGCAGUCCCAUCUUCAGAACGGUUAAAGCCUUGCCAGUCAUUUAUACCAACAACAUGCGAGAAGGCCUUGGAAAUCACAGAGGAGGCCGAGGACACACAGGAAGCUGUGGACCCCCUCCCAUCACUGGUGGAUGAGUCUCUAGAUGAUGAAGAUGUCGUCGUAGAAAGCCAGCACAGUGCGGGGGAGGAAAUGGAAGUCGGCACAUUGAAAUCUCAGCAGGUGGUUGAGUCCAUUCAGGUUACAUCAAACCAACAGCACAAGGAGACAGUAGGUUCUGAUUCUGAGCCCAAAGACGACUCCGUCGAGAAGAGGAAAACAGUCAGUCUGCUGGACAGCAGUGAUGAUGAAGGAGAUGAUGAAGAGGAGAGGGAAGUUUCUGAAGAAGAGGAUUCAGAGUACAGGGGGAAGGAGGAGAGGGGGGAAACUUCCAGCAAGUCAGAAGCUGAAGCUGCAUCAGUUGCGGGAUUGUUCAUGAUUGACAAGCGGCCUGGACAAGUUGCAGAUGAACAGUACUACAAAGAGGGAGAAUGGGAGGAAGAGGCAACCACAUGUAAAGGAGCUGAGCAGGAGGAACAAGAUGAGGAGUUUGUGGAUGAGUCCGGGGAUGAUGAUGACGACGACGAUGAUGCAAAAGUCUUGUUCUUGAGCAGAAAUGCUCAUUUGAAAGAGUUGUCCAGCCGUAUUGACCCUGGCCUCAGAGUGAAGGAGCUUGGGGGUUUAUACAUCAGUUUUGAUGGCAGCAAAUCAAAACCCGUCUCCAGUUCAUGGAAAAAACUAAAGGAAAAGAAGAUCCAAGAUGAGGUGAUGAAGAAGAGUGUGAUUGGACCAGACUUUGAAAAGAAGGAUUCUGUGCCUCCAUACAGUGAAUCCAAACAUGCCCUAAAGCUAAAACGCAGGGCAGAGAGAGAGAAGUCAACGGGAGAUGGUUGGUUUAACAUGAAGGCCCCAGAGGUCACUCAGGAGCUGAAAGGAGACCUCCAAGUCCUGAAGAUGAGAGGAUCAUUGGAUCCUAAGAGGUUCUACAAGAAGAAUGACAGAGAUGGCUUUCCCAAAUACUUCCAGGUUGGCACAGUGGUGGACAACGCUGCUGACUUCUAUCAUUCCCGUAUCCCCAAGAAAGAGAGGAAGAGAACCAUGGUGGAGGAGCUGCUCGCUGAUGCAGAGUUCAGACAGAAAAACAAAAAGCGGUACCAGCAUAUCAUGGCAGAGAAAGCAGCACAGGAAGCUGGCAAGAGAAACAAGAAGAAGAAGAAAUUCCAUAAGAAGUAAAUCUGAAGAUUUGAUGUGAUGAACACAGACUGUGAGAGGCUUCUCACUGAUUCAGAAAUGCAGCUCUUCAGUACAAAGUGACUCUUUGAAGCGUGGAGCAUUUUUAAUGGCUUGGAAGUUAAACACUUAUUCAAGACUUUACAGAUGUACAGUUUACAUGCGCAUACACAAAGAGGCCAACACACAAGUUGGUUUAGUAAGAACAUUUAAAAAAUUCCUUGUACUAAUGAAGCUUGUUUUUAUCAGUACAGGUGUAAUUUACAAACACUUUGCUGCACAACAAUCAGUCCCUCUAAAUUACACAGUAUGAACAAUUAAAGAAAAAAUCUCAUGGUGUGAUUCUUUAAUUUUCCUAAGAGGUCAUAAUCUGAAAAAGAAGAAAAAACUUGUCCUGCAGCAUCAAAAACAAAACAAAACAUUCACAACUAAAAUGAAGCAUCAACCAAACGUGUCUGAGCUGCUGGAAAUAAGUUUAUACAAGUAAUACAAUAAUAAUGAGUAAUACAACAAGUUAGAAAUACAGGCUAUUACAAACUCUUGUCAAAUUAUUUGCUGAAAUUUCUGUGUUAAACCUUUGACACUUUAUGCUGCUCAAUAUUUCAGAGUGUAACUUGACACACACUGUACCUCUGAACAGUAAUGAUGAAAUUACAGUGAGAGGUAGAAAUGUAAUUUGAUCAUUGAUUGUGUCCCUGCUGCAAAUUCAGGCAAAGAACAUAUUAGUGCAGUUUUAGUUAUUCAUUUCUGUGAAGCUAAAUAUGACUCUUGCAUGUAGUGCCACUUACAAUCAUUUCUUCUGCAGCUGUAAGGAAAGAUCAUAGCAGCACUUCACUGUAUUAGUUAUGAAAAUUAGGUCAUAUUAUAAUGGGAUCACACUAGCCACAAUGCCAAUGAGUUUUUGGAUGACACCCAACAUGGAAAAUAUGUUUAUAUACCAGAAGAAAUAACUUCAUAUUCAGAGUUACAUCUAUUAACAAUGCAAACUAAUUACAGGCAUCUUAAUUUGCC